CUUUAUUAAUAUACCAUAUGGUAGUAUAUACUCAUCCUGUUCUCCUUCCACUCUCUUAUAAAAGCCUACCUCUUUAUUAUUUACUAUUUUUUCCCCUUUUCCUCUUCUUUCUCCUUUCGUCCGUCUCUCUCUCUCUCCAACAGACGAUCGGAAAUACCGGAGCCGCCGGUUCUCCGGCAUGUGAUCGACCGUUAAAUAGCCAGAGAUCACUCUCAGAUCUGAUAGUCUCUCUCAGGGGUCCUGGCCGUGGAUUAUGGUUUGGUGAAGGAAUGGUGGCCCAGGUUGUAGUAGAAAGAGAUAGCUGCAUGGAAAAUCUCUGUUGGUGCACAGAUGAGCAGAACUGAUGUUAUUAGCAGUCGAGGGAGGAGGGUUCUUCUCUUCUUCAGCUUCUGGAUAUAGCAAGGGCUUGACCCUUCUUCUAUUGGGUCAAAAAAACGAAGAAAGACCCAUGAGAGUUUCACCGUGGAAUCAGUACCAGUUAGUGGAGCAAGAAGCUGACACUGACUUCCAGCUGGCUUCACAGAAGAACCAAGUUUCCUGCGGAUGUGCUUCCUUUGUGUGCUUCCGUCGUCCAUCCGCAGGAAUUGACAGCCCUUAUCCUCUGAAAGUUGGUCCUGCACAACAACAGGAUGUAUUGUCGGUGCCGCAUGCUGUUUCUGGUAAGGAUGAGGAUUGCAUUACGUAUCACGUCGAAGAUAAGAACACAACGAAAGUCUACCUCAAGAGUAGCUUGAAAAAGCCUUCCAAUUGUGCUAUGGUACCUAGUGGUGAACAUGCAACACUAGGUGAAACUGAUAAAGAAGUUCCUGGUUGUACUGAAAGGAGGAAAGUACAGUGGACAGACACAUGUGGCAAAGAGCUUGUUGAGAUCCGGGAAUUCGAACUCAGUGAUGUGGCAUCAGAUGAGGAAUUAGAAGGUGAAAAUGAACGAAAUUGUUCGUGUGUGAUCAUGUAGUUCUGACUUAAAACACAGCGUGCAGAGAAAUCAGAUACACUCCUUACAGGCCAAGUGAGCUCAGAAGCAUAAAGGCAACAAUUCAUCUGGUGAAUGUCUUCCGGUGAAGCUCUCUUUCACUUCUUCUCCCAGUCAUGGCCCUGGCUGCCAACUGGUUCUGGAAAACGAAGUGAGGCUAUGCUGAAUCCAUGCGACCAUUGCAUGGAUUUUUGUUAUGGGCCACAUCUGGUUCAGAGUGUUCAUUUGUGUCUCUUCUUUCCAUCUUUGGGAUUUCAAUUUUGUCUAUCUGGGCUUCCACGGUUUCCCUUUUACUCUUUCCGCUUCAUUUGUACUGCAUACAUGUUUCUUUGCUACAUAUUUAAUUAUUUAUGCGGCUUUCACUGUUCA